AUGCGUCGUCACUCAGCAAUCGCUCUCCGAAACCUAUUCGCUAGAAACUCUCUACGAGUCUCUCAGAAUCUAACCACUACGUCUUCUCCAGCUGCCGUGAACUCGCUUGGCGGUGUCUCCGCUCGUAUCUGGUCUCCUUAUUCGACAUCUAGUCUCGUCAAAGCAUCAUUCAGUUCACUGAUUCAGAGGAGAUUCAGCACGGCAGGCUCUCCGCCAGAUGUGAACAAGGUGGUGGACGAGAUCAAUCUCAAGUUCGCGGAGGCGCGCGAGGAGAUAGAAUUGGCGAUGGAUGCGAAGGAGACGGUUUACUUCAACGAGGAAGCGGAGUGCGCGAGAGCAGCCGUGGCUGAGGUUAUGGAGAUGUUUGAGGGUUUGUUAGAGAAGGUAACGGAGAAAGAGAAAUCGUCUCUGCAGAGGUCCAUGGGGUUAAAGAUGGAACAGCUAAAGGCUGAGCUUCAACAGCUUAACGAAUGA